AUGAGCGAGUGUGGCGUUUACUCGUCCGUCAUCGGUCAUGCCUGUCACACAGCAGCUGAAGCAUCGCUCUCCAUCUUGUUUGUCCCGCUGACGUCCGGCUCUGGAUGGAUGAAGCUCGGCGCUCAGGAGGCCCGUCGCUCAGGUGAGAAGUUUACUUCGUUAGUCACAGAUGGUUUUACUUUUCCACAACAUGAGGAAGAGUAAUCAGAGAGGAGGAGGAAGAGGAGGAACUCAUGAGGGAGGAGGCAUCCACCACAGUGAGGUUUUCAGGGGCUCUGACACAAAUAAUAGACAAAAAAAAUGGAUCUAUAGAUGGAACAUCAUGAAGAUCGAACUUCUUGUUUAAAAUUCUGAACAAAAAUAAAAAUAAAGAGGUAGAAAGAAAGAAAGAAAGAAAGAAAGAAAGAAAGAAAAUAAACAAAAAAGUUGUAACAAAAAAAUAAACAGAGACUGAAAUGAGAUGAGCAAAAAAGAAAAACCCAGAGCAGAGGAAUAAAAAGGAAGAAAAAUGAAAAAAGAAAGAAAAAGAGAAAAAUAUGCAUGAAAAUAAAAAAGAAAAAAGAAAAAAGAAAGUCCUAGAGAAAAAGAAAUGAAAUAAAAGUUAAAAAAAGAAGUAAAGAAAGUGAAAAGAAAAAAGCAAAGCCGAAUAAUGACAAAAAUAGAGACACAAAGACAGUAAAAGAAAGAAAAAUGAAAAACAAACAAAUAAAAAGAGGUCGAAAUAAGAAAAAAUGAGCGAAAAGGAAAAAAAAGUCUGAUUAAAUGAAAAUAAAAAAACAUUAAAGAGACAAAAACUAAUGAAAUCAAAACAAAGAAAAAAAGAAUAAAAUAAAAGACAGAAAGAGGAAUUUUACAUGUCGGAGGAAGUGUAUUUCCUGUUGGAGUCCUCUCUCCUGUAGGACGGUUUGUGACGUUAAAAUGACCGUGUUUUAAUUCUUUAAAGGUUCUGAGUGAACUCUGCUGAACUCAGUUUUCUGGACUCUCCUGUCGUCGGCGUCAUUUCUGCAGAAGUUGUAAAGUGAUGAAUUGACUCGUUCCUCUCCUGGUUCGUCGCUCCUCCCUCUCUCUCUCUCUCCGCUCGUCUUUCCUCUCUGUACUCCAUUUUUAAGGUAAAGUCUUUUUCUUUUUUUAACAGCGCUGCUCUGUAAGUUUCUCUCCUCCGAGGCUGAAGAAUCACAGAAAAGGUCAGGAGUGCCACGAUUGGCAGCUGGUAUUUGCGGCACAGUCAGCCUCCACCCUGCGCACGCCAGCCCGACGUGUUCCUUAGAGCCGCCGCUGUGACACGAACAAGCGCUGACUGCUGUACGCAGUGUUCUGCUGCCUGACAGACGACGCUCGGGGUUUUGAGGACUGUGUCGUUUUACAAGGAGCUCUUCUUCUUGGUCUCGGCGGAGGUUUGAAACUCAGAUCGGAUCACGCAGCUCAGACAGAAAAGUCUCUUCAAUUACUCACUGAGCGGUCAGUGAUUACAGGCUGUCACAGUGCAUUAUGGGAAAAAAAACCUUCACUACUGAUGAUACUCCUGCCAUCUUGAGCUGGUUAUUUUUACCUUCCAGUCCAGUUUGGUGCACUUGGGUCUGAUCUUCCAGGUGGUUCCUCCUCCAGCUGUGGUUUACAAGAGUGCAAGAGAGACAGUGAAGGUCAGAGUCCCAAACCAGUCAAACCAGUCAAACCAGUCAACUGCAUUUUUGUGUCACAUGUCCAAUUCAAGCAAAAGACGGUGCACAGGCAUCACUCAGGUCGUUUACACGCUCAGUUUAAUCGGAUUAACCUCAUAAUUCGUCUUUUUCUCUGAAUCCGACUUCUCUCCUCGUCCUCGUUUACAUGCAGCUGAGAAAACCAAAUUAUUGACGUGAACGUGUCCUCCUCCCCGACACCAGGGGGCGAUAUGGGUCUUUUCAGCGGCGCUGUUUCCGACCCCAUACAACCGUCAACAACAACAGCAGGUCGGUGUCAGACGUCAGAAGUGUCUACAACUGCUGCUGGGCAUUUUGGAGAAACAAGAAGAUGGAGCAUCGUACAGCGUUGUUUUUGUCCGACAUGAUGGACGCGCUACUUUUUCUAAAGAUGAGACCAACGCUACUCCUCUACUCUGGGGUUUUGUUACAGGGUUACGGGGGCGUGGCGCACAUGCAUUGUCCGAUCGUACUCCGACUACGCUGGUUACAUGGUAGAGAAAAUCGAAUUCCAAUCCCAUUAUCUGGGUGUCUUAAUCGGAGACCUCAAACUAAGGUGUUCACAUGCACUUCAGUCGUCCGGUCUUGAUCGGACUAAGGCGAUAACUGUCAUGGAAACAUACUGAGUGUGUGCAUGCAUGUGAGAUAACAUGAGGCAGGUGAGAAGACAUCACGGGUAAAAACUCAGCAGAAUAUUCCAACAUGACACUCUUUGUGUGAGUCCAUCAUCACCACUGUUGCAUGAAAACAGAAGUAGAGAUCGUUAUUUUGGUUAUUUUCAUGUUUCUGACAGUAAAAAUUAAAUCAAACACAACUUCAGGAUUUACAAAGUUCAGCCCGAAUCUCCUGCUGGGGAUUAAAAAAGCUUUCCUGAUUAUUUGGUGCAAAGUUGACCAAUCGUUGCACAAGAACUCUGACGCACAAACACCAGCCUGGGCAGCCGGAGUCUGCAGACGGUUAGUAGAACCGCGCUGUCGUAUUCGUACCAUUUAUCAGUCUUGAACCUUUUCGUUAACGUGACGAGUUUGAGCCGCUGAGAGAGUUCAUCCUUGCUAUUAUAUGUUCUUUUCCUCUAGGCCUCCUCUCUCUCUUCCCUUCCUCGCUCUCCGACCUCAGAAAUAUCCCGUCGGCUCUCUGCCAGCGCUGCAAGGAGGACGCUUCAUCUGCAGCGAACAAAACACGACACUCUGCUCCUCUGCAACAAUGAGAAAGAGGGAAGAGCCGCAUGCUCUCAGUAUCAUCUGUAAAACUCAAUCAAACCACCCGCCGGCUCGGCAGCAGCAGUCCGAGGCAGCGGUGGUGGUGGUGGUGGUGGCGGCAGUGGCGGCCACGGCGGUGAGGGGCAGGGGGUCGUUGUAUAAAGAGCGAGUCAAACGAAAAGCAGCAUGGCAGCUGGAGACUGGCCUUUUAACAUCAACACAUCCUCCCAGUAAAUAA